AUGGAUGAUAAGAGCCCCUUGUAUGGCUUAUUUCCAGAGAGGAACAAUAUUCAAGUUGUCAAUGCAUCGACAAAACCCAACCAAAAAAGGAACGUGACAUAUCAAGAGGGAGACGAUACGGAUAGUAGAAGUUUAGGUGAUAGUGUGGAUACAGACGUUUUACGUAGUUUGAUUAAUGAAGAAGGGUGGUUUGAUAUCGGACGAUUUCAUGAACAAGUGCAAAACGACAGAUUUUAUGUGAGUGAUAAGUACAGGGAGAAGACAAGUAACACCUCCAAUAGACCUCAUACAGGGAGUUCAUACGAUGAUAAGACCUAUGCACCCGAUGAUUUUCAAUAUUAUAAUCUUAAGGUUCAAAAAGAAUAUCAACUAAGGGAUAAGCUAGACUCAUUGAUCAAGGGAAAUAAUAGUGGAAAUAUUGAUGUACUAAACGAUGAUUCCCUAUUUAAACGUUAUGUUGCAGAAAAUUCUAGUGAAAAUAUGGCGAACGAUCAAAUUAAGAGGUCAAGACAUAUUCUGGGUCACAGAUUAUGGAGAAGUCCAUUUCGAAGAAGACAUGAUAACAAACAAAAAAUAAAGGAACUCGAAAAUUCAUCAAGGGCAUCCUCAAUGACAGAAAUUAUUGAUAAUGCUAGUUACGGAAAUAUAGAAAUUGAUGAAGAGAGAGAAAUUAGUUCAAAAUCUCAUAUUAUCGAGGAAUCGCCAGGCUCAAUGACAUCUUUCACAGACAGAGAACGUAGAAAAAGUAUUUUGCCUUUCGAUUUGGAAAAGAUGUUUAAUGAUCCUGGAAAUACAAAAUAUUAUGUUCAAAGAAAGUUAAGAGUACGACAUAUUCAAAUGCUCUCGAUCGGAACAUGCUUUAGUGUAGGUUUCUUCUUAACGUCUGGGAGGGCUUUUUCUAUCGCAGGCCCAUUUGGGACCCUUCUUGGAUUUGCACUCGCAGGGAGUAUUGUGUUGGCAACUCUUCUCUCCUUUACCGAAUUAUCUACUUUAAUUCCCGUUUCUUCUGGGUUUUCUGGGUUAGCAUCACGGUUUGUAGAAGAUGCAUUUGGUUUCGGCUUAGGUUGGACUUACUGGUUUUCCUGUAUGAUUGCCUUUCCAUCGGAAGUGGCAUCAAGCACAUUCUAUUUGAGUUACUAUCAGCAUUUAAAUCUAACUAGAGGAGCAAUUGCUGGAUUUGUAACACUAUUUUCUUCAUAUUCAAUUAUCAUAAAUUUGCUUGAUGUAAGAAUUUUAGGAGAAGCAACGUAUAUCAUCGGACUCUCCAAAAUUUUGAUCACGAUUGUAAUUAUCUUUGUUAUGGUGAUAAUAAAUGCUGGUCACGGUUACAAAAUUCAUAAUCAAGUUGGAUUCAGAUUUUGGGAUUCAUCCAAGUCAGUGGGGGAUUUGACCUAUGGCUUAUUCAGGCCAACCUUUGACCUAGGAGAUGUGGGGCGUGGUAGUACUAAUGGAAUACCAGGUGCAACUGGACGAUUCCUUGCUGUUAUUUUGGUGAUGCUUAUUUCCACGUUUGCGUUUAGCGGAGUAGAAAUGACUUUUAUGGCGAGUGGUGAAGCUAUUAAUCCAAGGAAAACGAUUCCAUCGUCAAUUAAAAGAACAUUUUCGAUCGUAUUAACAGUUUAUAUGCUCGCCAUAUUUGCAGUUGGAAUAAAUAUAUACAGUGGUGAUCCUCGAUUACUGUCAUAUUUUGCCAAAUACUCUUCUGAAAGAUAUACGUCGACUAUAAAUGGGAUAGGUACCGAUUGGCAAUUAAGCGAUCGUUGUAAGGGAGUAUAUACAGAGAGAGAACAUAGCACGUCCCACGCCAUAUACACAAGCCCUUGGGUGCUUGCCUUACAAAGUUUUGGUUUAUGUACAUUUGCAUCUGCUUUAAAUGGGAUAUUAAUUUUUUUUACAUCCACAGCUGGUGUUUCAUCCCUCUAUAACUCAUCAAGGACAAUAUACGCAAUGUCAGUUCAAAGGAAAGCUCCACUCAUAUUCCAAAGAUGUAACAAAAGAGGAGUUCCUUAUGUUGCUGUAAUAUUUUCCGGUGUAUUCUACAUUAUAGCAUAUUUAGCUGUUAAUGUGGGAUCUUCAAGAAAUUUUGAUGUUCUAGUAAACAUUUCAAGUGCCAGUACAUCCAUAAUAUGGAGUGGAUUGAAUAUUUCAUUCAUCCGUUUUUACUUCGCAUUAAAACAGAGGAAGGAUUUGAUUUCUCGGAAUGAUAAGACAUACCCAUAUAAAUCGCCAUUCCAACCAUAUUUAUCAUUUUAUGGGUUAUUUGGUUGUUUGAUCUUUGUCAUAUUUAUGGGGUUCCCUAAUUUUAUUAAGGGGCAGUGGAGUACUCGUUCAUUCUUUUCUGCAUAUGGUGGUCUUUUCUUAUUUGCAAUCCUUUAUGCGGGGUUUAAGAUUAUUGGAACAUCAAAGAUUCAAAGAUUGGACCAAAUUGAUAUGGACACUGGUAGAAGAGAAAUGGAUAGAAUUGUGUGGACCGAACACAGUGAAUACGCAACUCCUUAUAAAGAAAAUUUAAUGAAAUUGGUAAGCUGGUUAUUUUAA